AAAGUAAGGAGAAAAGGCAUUACUGGAGCGCUGCGGCUGGGUUGUGGAAUUGGAGAUGGAUGGAUCAGGGAUCCUAUAAAACAGCAAGUCCCGAAUCUGGAAGCUCGACCUUCUCUGGAACGUAUUCAAGGUCUUAGGGCUUUGGUUCUUGGAGGUGAGUAGUAGGGGAAUAGAUGCGAACAGAGUAGAAAACAGAGCAUGGACAUGAACGUGGAUGCGGCGGCGUCUUUAAUUCCGGUGAAGCGGACGGAGCACGUCCUGGUGACGGCCAAGGUGGUGGCCGGGAAGCCUAGGCGUCGCCCUGCGGACGCAGCGCCGCGUCCGCGCACGGUGCGCGUCUUCUUCGACGACUGCGACGCCACCGACUCGUCGAGCGACGAUGUUUACUGCGGCCACCCCCGACGCCGCGUCCUCAGGCAUGUGCACGAGAUCCGGCUGGAGGCCCUCCAGGCCGCCGGCGCCGAAGCGCCGGCGGAAGGCGAGGCAGGAAGGGUCAAGACCUCGAAGGUCGCCGCCGCCCCGAGGAAGAGAAAGGCCGGAUCUAAGGUGGUCGGAGGCGGAGACGGGAACGUGCCGAGGUUCCGCGGCGUCCGCCGGCGAGCGUGGGGGAAGUACGCGGCGGAGAUACGAGACCCUUGGAGGCGAGUGCGGGUGUGGCUCGGCACGUACGAAACCGCCGAGGAGGCAGCCAAGGUGUACGACUCCGCCGCCAUCCGACUCCGUGGGGCCGACGCUAUUACAAACUUCGCGCGGCCACCGGAGGUGGGCGAUGCUAAUACUAACGCCUACGAGACCCUUCCGACGGCGAAGAAGAUCCUAUCGGAGAACAACCUCUCCUCAGUCUUAAGCGAGUGCGACACCGCCGCCGACGAGGCUCGCAACCUCUACUCGCCGACCUCCGUCCUCCGCCACUCUUCUCCUUCCUCUCCCUCCUCCUCCUCCUCCUCCUCCUCCACCACCACCAAGCAAGCGGAGGAUCCACCGACUACAACCGUUGGCGAUGCCGCGGGAAUCUCUCCUGCGGAGCCGGGCGGAUUUCUGCUCCCGGACGACAGAGAAACAAUGUUCGACGACCUCUUCGGCGUACAAGGGGCUUUUCCGCUCGGCUUCUUUGACGACGACUCGACGCCGAUCUCCUUCGUAGCCGAGGAUUUGAGCGACGAGUUCCUACUCGGCUCUGGCGACCUCGACCUCGGCACCACCGCCGGAGUAGACGAUUUCUUCUCCGACAUCGGCGACCUCUUCGCUAACGAGCUCCUCCCCGCCGCCAUCUGAACCAGAACCAUUCGUCGCAGUUUCGCCGCCGGACGCCGAUUCGCCGACCACUCUUGUUUUGGAUCGAAAAUAUCUUCUUGCCUUUUAUUUAUUUUGUUUUUCUAAUUUCGUCUUUUUUUAUAUUUCUUUUUUAAAAUCUCUUCCGGUGUUGGUAACUCGAAAAAGAACUUUCUAGUAAGCGAUGAGAUGCAAUUUUGCUCCGUGAUUAUUUA